UGGUUUUUUGAAAAUGGUACUUAUCCGAAAUCCACGGCUCUACACAAGGCGCUUAAGAGUGAAGGAGCUUUUCUUUCGAGUUCGGCGCUCUUCCCAUUUCAAGAUUCAUCUAGCGAUCGUAUUAUAAAUCAACUUAUGUACGUGCCGCCCGAUUAUGAGGUAAUUAAGGGCAGUGGAAAGCUGAAAACCAUUCUCUUGGCGACUUCUUUCAAUUCACUGCAAGUUGAAGAUUCGGGACGCGAAGUCUUUCUGCGCUGGAAAUGUCCGGUGGACACGUGUAUGGUUACUUUUCUUGAAAACUACACCGAGGUAGCUGAUAUGAUUUUAUGUGAAGAUUAUGUACCAAGCACGUUUAGUCGUCCAUUCAAUUCUCGCCAAGUCAUAAUGAUUUAUCUCUUAGAAAGUGCUUCUACCAGUUCUUUUGAAGAAGCCGUGUCCGUGAAUUGGACGGCAACAUACAGACGUGAUAGUGAUAUCGUAACUCCCUAUGGUAAAUGGCAAUACUAUGACGAUCGCGUCAAACAAAUUCAACAGGAUCGCAAUUAUGCAAGUAAUAAAACGAAAACGGUAGCUUGGGUCGUAUCAAAUUGUUUCGCAAACAACAAUCGGCGAGAAUACGCGGAAGCGUUAGGCGAACAUAUCGAAGUUGACAUAUAUGGUAGUUGCGGUCCUUAUGAAUGUCCGCAAGAAACGGCCGAUGCAUGUUUUGAAAUGUUGGAGCGUGAUUACAAGUUUUAUCUCGCAUUUGAAAAUCGCAACUGUAAAGAUUAUGUGACUGAGAAAUUCUUUGCGAACGCUUUAAAUCACAACAUAUUACCCAUUGUUAUGGGGGCAAGUCCGGAAGACUACGCAGUCAUUGCCCCAUUCAACUCUUAUAUACAUGUAGAUCAGUUUGCCUCGCCCGAAGAAUUGGCCAAUUAUUUGCAUAUAUUGGAUAAAAACGAUAGCCUGUAUAACACAUAUUUUGAUUGGCAAGGAACGGGGGAAUUUAUAAACACGUAUUUUUGGUGUCGCGUAUGCGCCCUGCUGCACGAUGAAGAUUCACUGCGUAACCCCCGCUGGUACACAGACUUCACGGAUUGGUGGAAUGGAGCGGAUGUCUGCCGGAACUGA